UUGCAAUAUCAAUUCUCAGUAAAAUUGAGACAAAGAGGGCGCGGUGCAGAAGUGAACCGGAAAGCUUAAUUCACCGCCAGCGAAUUCGUCUCGCGGUGUUACAACGAUUGGCCACAUUUUAGGAAAACUUCUUCUUUUGGAGGAAGAAGAUGCCAUUCAGCUCUAACUUAUUUCUUGCUCUACUUGUUAUAUAUUUUUAACUCAUACCGCACAGACUUCAAAUACUCUCCCUUUGCAAUUUCUUCAUAAAAAUCGGAUUUGCGAACAUGCCUCGCAAAGUGAACUAUGGAAUUGAUUACGAUGAUGAUUAUGAAGAUGACUAUAAUGAUGACUAUGAUUAUGAUUAUGAUGAAGAGGUUGAAGAAAAUGGUAUCACAGCUAAGACGAUGCCUGCAAAAGAAGUCAGGACGGCUAAGGUCUGGCGAUGCCCAAUUUGUACUUACGAUAAUGAAGAUAGUAUGUCUGCAUGUGAUAUAUGUGGGAUCUUACGUAACCCUUUGGUCAAGAGCAAUAUCCAAAUCAAUGAUGUUGCAGUGGGCGGCAAAUGCAAAGAUUCUGGAGUAUCUGUGAUGGCCAAGUCUCUUUUUGCAUCAUUGCCGCAACAUAGAGUCCAACCAUUCAUCUUUGAAGUGCAGGAUGAUGUUUCUUCCACAGAUAACCACCUUAACUUCCACAAAUUCAGAAAUAUGCGCAGCACUUUUUCGGAAUUCAGUAGUGCUUUUAGUAAUCAAAAUCAUAAAAGAGUUAAUAUAGCCCCUUUCAAGUUUAAUGUUCCUUCUCCGGAUGAUUUGGUGUCAAGUGGACUGCAAUCACUGAAAAUGAAAUCCAAAGAUAAUCAGAGGGACACAAAUAUUCCAGUUGAACUGGAGUUGUCUGCUAAGGAUCAAGAGUCCACUUCAGCAUCAGUAACAAGACAGAGAGGUAAUGGAGUUAAUGAGAAAGAUUAUGCUCCAACCAGUGGAAGCAUACAAGGGGUGCCUCAUAGCAAUGUGAAUACUGAGGCUAUGUCUUCCAAAACUGGAAAAGUAGAACAGUCUAUUGAGAGAAAAACAGCAUCAAUUUCUGACUUCACUCCUGAGACAUGGAUGAUCCCGGAAACAGUUGAUGGUGAACUGAGCCAGCUAAAUCUUGCGAUUGUUGGCCAUGUUGAUUCUGGGAAGUCAACACUUUCAGGACGGUUGCUUCAUUUAUCGGGACGGAUAUCACAGAAAUUGAUGCACAAAUAUGAAAAAGAAGCUAAACAACAGGGAAAAGGAUCUUUUGCUUAUGCAUGGGCAUUAGAUGAAAGUGCUGAAGAAAGGGAAAGGGGUAUAACAAUGACAGUGGGCGUUGCUUUCUUCACUUCCAAAAAAUAUCACAUUGUGCUGCUUGAUUCCCCUGGACAUAGAGAUUUUGUUCCAAACAUGAUCUCAGGAGCAACACAAGCAGAUGCUGCAAUUUUAGUUGUUGAUGCUUCAAUGGGUUCAUUUGAAGCUGGCAUAGAUGCUACUGGGGGGCAAACGAGGGAACAUGCACAGCUGAUUAGAAGCUUCGGAGUUGAUCAGAUUAUUGUUCUUGUCAACAAAAUGGAUGUGGUGGGAUACUCAAAGGAAAGAUUUGAUUUUGUGAAGCAGAAACUAGGGACAUUUCUCCGCACUUGUGGUUUUAAAGAAUCUUCUAUUUCAUGGGUUCCAGCAAGUGUCAUGGAAAAUCAGAACUUAGUUGCAAACUCUUCUGAUGCACGGCUGUCGUGGUAUAGAGGACCUUUUUUGAUGGAUGCAAUAGAUUCUCUGCAACUUCCUGCAAGAGAUUACUCCAAACCACUACAAAUUCCUAUAUGUGAUGUUAAGUCACAAUCCCAAAGUCAGGUGUCGGCAUGUGGGAAACUGGAAACUGGAGCUAUUAGACCAGGACUUAAGGUAUUGGUUAUGCCUUCAAAAGAAAUAGCCACAGUUCGCUCGUUGGAACGUGACUCUCAGCCAUGUAGUAUUGCAAGAGCUGGUGACAACGUAACAGUGAAUUUGCAAGGCAUUGAGGGCAAUCGUGUAACAGCCGGAAGUGUGAUAUGUCACCCUGACUACCCUGUUCAAGUUGCCAGCCAGUUGGAAAUGAAGAUUCUGGUCCUUGAAAUUUCAACUCCGAUUGUUAUUGGUUCUCAGUUGGAGUUUCACAUACACCACGCAAAAGAGGCUGCAAAAAUUGUGAAGAUAUUGUCUCUGCUUGAUCCAAAGACAGGAAAAGUAACAAAGAAGUCCCCAAGAUGCUUGUUGUCCAAGCAGAAUGCCAUGGUUGAGGUGGCUUUGCAAGGUCCGGUAUGUGUAGAGGAGUACAGCAGCUGCAGAGCUCUGGGAAGAGUGUUCCUUAGAGCUUCAGGAAGGACUAUUGGUCUUGGUGUUGUGACUCAAAUCAUUAAGAGAGAAAACUAGCUUAUGGAGCAGUAGUAUUUUGUGACUAGUGUUGUGUUAGCUCACCACUUUUAAGCAUAGGUGGGAAAUUUUUGCACUCGGUUUCAUUUUAUAGUUUCUUGCAUAAGUUGUUAUUUCUUGUGAAAUGAAAUGAAAUGAAAGCGUUUUUGUUUGUUUCAACAUUCACCAAAACUGUAUUGAAAUGAAAGAGUUUUUGUUUCUUAA